GCUUUGUGUUCCAUGAGGGAUUUCAACUUAGCUCAAGAGACCUGUCAGCUGGCAAUUAGAGAUGUUGGAGGACUUGAAGUCUUAAUAAAUCUACUUGAUACAGAUGAAGUCAAAUGCAAGAUUGGUUCAUUAAAAAUCCUGAAGGAAAUCAGUCAUAAUCCUCAAAUAAGACGUAAUAUUGUUGACCUUGGGGGCUUACAAAUUAUGGUUAAUAUACUCGAUUCUCCACACAAGAUUCUCAAAUGUUUGGCAGCUGAGACAAUUGCAAAUGUGGCCAAGUUCAAGAGAGCCCGACGGGCAGUAAGACAGCAUGGAGGCAUCACCAAGCUGGUUGCCCUGUUGGACUGUGGACAGAAUUCAACAGAACCGACUCAACCAAGCCUGUAUGAAACCAGAGAUGUAGAAGUGGCUCGCUGUGGGGCCCUGGCACUCUGGAGCUGCAGUAAGAGUCACUCGAACAAAGAAGCCAUUCGUAAAGCUGGGGGCAUCCCCUUGUUGGCUCGGCUACUGAAGACUUCUCAUGAAGACAUGCUCAUUCCAGUGGUGGGGACCUUGCAAGAAUGUGCAUCAGAGGAAAACUACCGAGCUGCCAUCAAAGCAGAGAGGAUCAUCAAAAACCUCGUGAAGAACCUGAAUAGUGAGAAUGAACAGCUGCAGGAACAUUGUGCCAUGGCCAUCUACCAGUGUGCUGAAGAUGAGGAAACCAGGGACCUUGUUAGGCUGCAUGGAGGACUUAAACCCUUGGCCAGUCUACUCAAUAACACAGAUAAUAAGGAACGAUUAGCCGCUGUCACUGGGGCAAUCUGGAAAUGCUCCAUCAGCAAAGAGAAUGUGAUUAAGUUUCGAGAAUACAAGGCCAUCGAGACAUUGGUGGGACUUUUAACUGAUCAGCCUGAAGAAGUCCUCGUGAAUGUGGCUGGGGCUUUGGGAGAAUGUUGUCAAGAAUAUGAAAACCGGGUCAUCGUCCGGAGGUGUGGUGGCAUCCAACCUCUUGUGAACCUCCUGGUUGGAAUAAACCAAGCACUUCUUGUGAAUGUCACAAAAGCUGUGGGUGCAUGCGCAGCAGAACCAGAAAGUAUGGUGAUAAUUGAUCGCUUAGAUGGAGUUCGCCUGUUGUGGUCCCUGCUCAAAAAUCCACACCCAGAUGUGAAGGCCAGCGCAGCAUGGGCACUCUGUCCCUGCAUCGAAAAUGCAAAGGACGCUGGAGAAAUGGUUCGUUCCUUUGUUGGUGGUUUGGAACUUGUGGUCAAUCUAUUGAAGUCAGAUAAUAAAGAGGUCCUGGCAAGUGUCUGUGCUGUUAUCACCAACAUAGCAAAAGACCAGGAGAACUUGGCUGUCAUCACAGACCAUGGAGUUGUCCCUCUGUUGUCCAAACUUGCCAACACAAAUAACGACAAGCUGAGGCGCCACCUGGCAGAAGCUAUCUCAAGCUGCUGUAUGUGGGGAAGAAACAGAGUGGCCUUCGGUGAGCACAAAGCGGUGGCUCCAUUGGUGCGUUACUUAAAAUCGAAUGACACCAACGUGCAUCGAGCUACAGCUCAGGCCUUGUACCAGCUCUCAGAAGAUGCUGAUAACUGCAUCACCAUUCACGAAAAUGGCGCUGUGAAGUUUUCAGGAAUGUUGGCCUUGUCCUUUCCUCACAGCCUGGCCCUUAUGCUAAACCACAGAGCAAUACUGACAGCUGCACAUGACCUGCCUACACACUUCUAUUGGAUAUGGUCGGAUCCUCAGACCAUGAUCUCCAGGAAGCUGCUGCCGGCUGUAUAUCUAAUAUCCGCAGAUUGGCUCUGGCUACAGAAAAGGCGAGAUAUACUUGAAAUGUGA